AUGGCGGCGGCACCCAUCAUGCCCGCAACAUUUCAACCAAACUCUCAGAGUUCAAUGGUGAGUGGCCCCGUGAACAGUACUUAUUGUACCAUGCCACAGUCACAGUCACAGUCUCUAAGCUCACAUCAAUACCAGCCAUACCCAAAUAUCCAGCCCGGUUUCCAGCUAACACCUAGCCAGUCUAUGUCUGGGAUAAAUACCAGCCCCCCACCCUGGGCCCAAGAACUGAGUGCUAAAAUGGACUGUAUUUUUAAGCAACUUGAAAAAUUAGAUGCAAUAGAAAACUCAAUCUCUUUGAUACAAACUGAGGUAAAGCAACUCGGGGAAAGAGUAAGAGAUGUAGAAGUAAGUCAGCAGUUUAUCAAUACAAUAUUGGAAGAGGACAAGAGCGAUAUAAAAGAUGUUAAGUCAGACCUAAGCAUACUUCGCAAGUCAUUUGAUUAUAUGCAGGUAGCUAACAAUAAACUGUCCGAGGAAAUAAUUGAUCUCCAAAGUCGCUCAAUGAGAGAUAACUUACUCUUCUUUAACAUAGCAGAGAAUGAGGGUGAGAACUGCACAGAAGUUAUUAAGAAAGUUUGUGUUGAUAACCUUGAUUACCAGGAACCAUUAGAAAUAGACAGGGCUCACAGGAUUGGAAAACUAUCUGCUGGUAAGCAACGUCCAAUAGUAGUCAAAUUCCGUUGUUACCCUCAACCCGAUGCAGUCAAGAAAUCUAGUCGUAAACUGAAAAACACAAACUUCUCAAUCGGCGAACAGUUUCCAAAGAUUGUACAAGAACGAAGAAAAACACUGUUACCUGUUUUCAAAGAAGCCAUGGAACGUGGAAAGAAAACAGCACUGGUACGGGACAAACUGUAUAUUAAUGGGGUGCUAUACACUGGGCCGGAGGGAUCACAGCCUGCAUAG